GAGAAAUCAUGGACGAUGGUCUGCUGUAGGGGGCAAUCAUUUUCUCCUAUCCAAAACAUGAAGAUGCCUCAUUGCUUGUCAAUCUCCCGCGGACACGAGCAGCAUGCGCGCUGCAGCAGAAGGACAUGGGUUGCUACCGUCCUAUGUCAUGUUUUGCGACGGAGUUGCUUGUUAUUUGCGACACCAGCGCAUGCAUUGGAGCCGACACAUAAUGUAGCCGAGAGUGAGUCGCCAUCACGGCAAGAGUGGGGGCUGAGCGAUUAUCGUUCUGCUCUGAAGGCCUUUGCUGCUCAGUCAAUGCUGGACUUGCAGUCUGGGCGGUUCGUGCCACUGGAAAUGAGGAGGAGAAAUGCACCACAGAUGAAUAUGGAUGAUGUUUAUUCCCUGCGUACGACGAUCGAGGCUCCCCCAUAGGCUAGACGUUUUUGAGGGGAAAAGGGUAGCCGUGAUGGUCUCGCUAGAUGGAAAAAACGUCAUCCAUAAUUACCGGCCCGAUCAUUUCCGCGAACAAUGAAGAACUAGACCAUCAAGACGACUAUGAACGAAUUUUAUGGUCCGCUUAUCCGCGCUCUGAUAUGGUGAAGUCGACUCUCAACGAUAGUCGUGGAACAAAGAGGAGUGAGAAUCGUCCAGAACAGUUGCCCUCUGCAACUCGUCUUCUAGAAGCAAGAACAGCUUCCUUACUGCAGACAGUCGCCUCAUUCACUACUCCGAGUUCGAAAGUCUAUGACGGCGGUUUGCGGUUUCUACCACUGCGCCGGACACUGAAGACUGCAGAUGCGCCUGUUGGAGUGCUCAUUGGCUUCGACGCCAGUUCCAAAUCCUUCGAUAUUUUACAUGGCGUGACACUAGAGCUUUUGGCUACUUUGGAUACUACGAAACGCGUUAGCCCCCGUCGUAGAAUACGAAAACAGGAGGCCGUUUACGGUUUUACCGAAACGACUUCUUUGACAGACGAUGAAGGUAAUGGAAAGGUGGACGAAAUGACGAGCCAACAUCUUCCUGACAGUGAAGAACCUGAUUCACGGCCCACUAAUUUGGCUGAGGAACAACAGGAUAGGCUGGUGUCCACACCGAUGGGCGCGGCAGAAGAUGACCCUGAUAAUACUGACAGAGACAAGUGUUUGGAGCUGCUACGUGGCGACAUGAAUAUAACUGUCUUACCCAGCCACUGCAAAGAAAUUCAUAAUGACACGAGCGUGGUUAACAACGAUGAAGAAAUGACAAGUGAGGCUGAAGAUGAGGAAGCAGAGGUGACACCUCUGCAACCCGAGUGUCAUGGAACAGGAAGUUUCGAUGUGGCCGUGCUCGGUCAGGAGAAAUUCCUCAUUUUUCAAACAAAAGGCGGCUUGCUGGCGCAGGUGAAAGUGUUGGCUUCAAUAGUCAGACCGAGUGACCGCGUUGUCGUGCGUUUUGCGGAGACGCAGGUGAGCCCCGUAUUUUCUUCAGGAGUCGAAGGUGAUGAUGUGCAACUACAACCUGACUCUCCUAGAACCCUGAAAGGAACCAUACACUGGAUGAACGUCACGGACGUUUGUAGGAAGGACACGGAGCUUGCGAACACGCGCAGCGAAGAAACAGAAACUGAUCGUGAAGAUGAAGGUAGCAGAAAAGUGAACAACAACAACGGAGCCCUAACUUUGUCGGACAUCAAGCUAACGUUCGUGCCAGGUCGCUCUUCGGUGACACGGGACGCGCGUUUUGUCUUCGUUACUAGAGCAGAGGAAGACCACUCUGGAACGCUUUUGACUGUCAAUCGUCGAGUCGGUAAGCGUGUGCGGACAGUAGCGUUGUUUCCUACAACAGCUCAAGAAACUCCUGGUAGUGAUGAUGAAGUAGGAAGCAUCCAGUCGAUCGCGAAGACUGUAAGCGCUGGAGCGCUGAUACGCACAGAGCACGCGGUCGCUAUGUAUGGUGGAUUCACCGGCGAUUUCCAGGCCCUGCCUUGUCGUUUCCCUCACCGCCGCGUUGUAGCCGCUCUACCGCACUUCGACGGCGCAAGAGCGUACAACAGACUAUUUUCAUUGAAUCAGUGAUGUGCUACGUACUCGACAUGAUAGGAUGUUUUAACUUUUAAUACGAAGAUGAAAAGGCACAUAUAAUUUUUAUUCCUCACUCAAGAACAUCCGACCUUGAAAUUAAGUUUAAGAAUAGUCCGCCUUCCCUAUGAUUUUAUGAUUCAUCGCUCAAUUACACCAGUUAUGUGGCUUUUCGCGAUGGUGGCUUGGCUCUUGUUCACUUGAAAGAGCCCGAUUCGAUGGCUCAGUCGAAAAAACAAGAGGCUGCCAUUAAGCAGAGUGCCCCUCCUCAGUGUACGAUAGCGCGCAAUUUUCCCAUCGGUGGUGGCGACACCUUCUUUGCCUCGCUCGCUGCGAUCGAAAAUUACAUCGUUGGGGCUGCGGUCGUGACCGGUAGUGGUGGAAGCAGCAAGCCGAAAAUUGGAACCAAUGAUGCUAUUUCAAUCGAGGUUUCGUUUUUCUGCCUCUACGUGAAUCGCCCACCACUUAGGGAACGUUUAGAGUUGACUCUCUCCUCCAACGAGCAGCUGCUAGAGGUAGAAGAGUGGGGAUAUCAAGUGGGCGGUGCUCAUGUUGAAGACGACGUCAAGGUCGAGUUGCUAACACUGGAAGGCCCAGGUAUAGCGCGAAGGAAUACCAGGAGAAUUCUGUGGCUGCACGUGUCAUCCUCAAUGUCUCGCACAAGCACGAUACUGGCGUUAGAGAUUCCUCACUUGCCUUCAUGCAUACCUGUAAAGGAGAAUAGAGGCUCCUUCGGAAGGAGACGGGCACCUGGCUAUACGUCGUGGCUCGAAAUUUUCGCGAAACAUCCUGGCCCAGCAGGGCUGUUUUGGGGAGGUGUUAUAUUUCUCGUCUAUUUCAGUGCCACUUUCAAGAGGAAAAGGAAGAAGACAAAAGGACCCUGGCGGAAUAAAGACGGCCUUCUUGAUUCAGAAAGGUCUUCUGAGGCUUUUAAGGAGAGUGCGAGGAGAGCGGAACAAACCUCUAGUCCUAGCGCAGCACACCUCGAUGGCGAUGAGGACGAGGAGUAUGUCAAACUGUUUUCUGGGCGUGAGAAAGAUGAUGAUAGGGGAGAUUAUGGGCCAAGUUCUGGCGCAAGGAACAACAACAACAAGGACGAUGGAAAAAGUUGCAGAAGUAAGAGCAGUGCAUCGCAAGACCUGCGAGAACGAUAUGUUCGACAUAUUUUGCGAAAGAAGAUGCGGGAAGAUGCAACAGAAUUACAGCGAAAGAGCCCUAAAAAAGGCUAGAGCUUCGGAAAACCGAAACACGG